GUGUCAGUAUUUUAAAUGCGAAGUUUGAUAUAUUAACUGCCCCAAAUAAUAAUAUUUACAUAUUGGAUACUUCAAAUUAUACAUGGAUUUCAUCUAUUGUUUCUGUUUCUACUACUACUUCUACCCCUCCUGGUGCAAAUGGUGCCAGUUCAUCUAAUGCAACACCAAAUGCAACACCAAAAGAUUCCGAUCAAUCUAAUAAUCAUUUACCUUUCAACAUUUUACUAAUUGCUGGUAUUGGCGGCUUACUUGGUGCUCUCAUCGUUAUUGGAGGCAUCAUAGGCAUUAUUUAUAAUCGUAGGAAAAGUCGCGAUGAUAAGUAUAUUCCUACUCCGGGUACGAACAUUUUAGUAUUUAAUUAG